AUGAAACGUAACAAAGUUCAACAAUCAAUAAUCUCGUUCUUCAAAAAACCGAAGGCACAAAUCGACGCCAUUGAAGAAAAUCUCGACGAAGAGCAUCUUCACAGAUACGGAAAUAAUGACGAUAGUAACCGCAGUUCUAGAGUCGACGUUACAUCUGGAUCGAAUAAUUCUGCUCCGAAUGAUCGCGAAAAAGAUGAGGAUGCAAUAUUACCUUCAGUUAUUGAUGACGGCCAAUCAGAAAAAUUUAACCAAGACAGCGAUCAAGACAUAGUUGCGACUCUAUGGCAAGCUAACCAAUUCGAUAUUGGAAAAGCAAAUCGUGAUUCUCUGGAUGAUAUUACCAAAAAAUAUAUACUCACGUCGCUUUUACUUCCGAAAUUGCCUCACAAGUUUCCCGUUACAGCAGGCAAAUCCGGUAAUAGAAGUUUCCAACCGACAUGGAUCACUGAAAAUGGCUUUGAUUUUUUGGCUUACUCAACGAGUGAAGAGGAGGUCUAUUGCAAAAAAUGCUGGUUAUUCUAUCAUGAAGGAGUUGGUAAAGGAUAUCAUCAAUAUCCAGGUAAAUUAGUCACUACUAGUUGUCGGGAUUGGAAGAAAGCCAUCGAAUUAUUCAAAAAGCACAAGAAAAAGGAAUAUCAUGAAGUAUGCGAUACACGAGGCACAUUAUUUCUCAAUGUGGCGUCUGGUAAGCAGCUUGAUAUUUUGUCACAAUUAGAUAUUCAACGUGCCAACGGGAAAGAAGAGAACAGGGCAACUUUAAGACCAAUUAUUGAGACAGUGCUAUUUUGCGGAGAGCAGGAAUUACCUGUAAGAGGAGAUAAUGAUAGCGGUACUUUCCCUUUAGAACGGCCUGAAAAAAAAUAUGGAACGUUUCGAGCUCUUUUACGUUUUAAAAUCAAAUCGGGAGAUAGGGAAUUAAAAAAGCAUAUCACAAACAGUGCAAAAAACGCCACUUAUUUGAGCCCUGAAAUGCAAAAUGAAAUUAUACAAACAGCUUCCGAUAUCGUUACUGAAAAAAUUAUAAAUAAAGUUUACAACACUGACUGCUUCAGUAUUCUUGGAGAUGAAACAAUGGAUGUUCGGGCACUGAGCAACUAUCAAUAUGUCUGCGGUGUGUGGAUUUUACAAAGGACUCGUCCACUCCAGUAUUAA